UGCAGGUUGAACGAGGAGAAAGAGAGUUCGCCGUGUUUGGAACGAGAGGAACGAGCGCCUGUCAACAUGUGGGGGGCGCAGCGCCGGGUGGCGCUCGACGUGCUCAUGGCGUGCUGGGGGCUCGGCACGUGGCUCGGGGUCAACGGCCUGUACGUGCAACUGCCGCUGCUGGUGGACCGCCUGCCCGAGGGCUGGGCGCUGCCAUCCUCCAUGGUGAUGGCCGUGCAGCUCGCCAACAGCGGGCUGUUGAUAUACGCGGUGUUGCGACGUCUGCUGCCGCGCGUGUCCGACGCAUAUUACAUCUCGGGACUGCUCGUCAUCGGCACGCUGGCGCUCGUACUGAACGCCUUCCUCUACGAGCACACAGCUGUGAUAGGCUCCGAAGAACGGUCGAUUGCUUAUUUGGCGUUGACUUUCUUCGCAGCAUUGGUGGGCUGCACCAGCUCCGUGUUGUUCUACCCGUACUUAAGACAUUUCCGUGAUGUGUACCUAGCGACGUACUUAGUGGGUGAGGGUCUGAGCGGGUUCGUGCCGAGCCUCCUGGCGCUGGUGCAGGGCGUGGGCGGUGCACCCGAGUGCUUGCCCAACGAGGAUAACACGAAGCUGGAGCCUCACUAUCCACCUGCACGAUUCGACACCACUGUGUUCCUAGUGCUGCUUGGCGGGCUGUCGGCUGCCAGUCUGGCCAGCUUCACUGUGAUCAACAACUACAAGGGCUUCCAGUCAGAGCGAGUAGCACCGGCGGCGGCGGCCAAGGAUGACGAGGCGACGUCGGAACGGCCUUCGCUGCUGGUACCGCGCUGGAUGGGCGUAAUGGCGCUGAUGGCGGUGCUGAACGCACUGAACAACGGCGUGAUGCCGUCGGUGCAGUCUUACUCGUGCAUGCCGUACGGCACGCGCGCGUACCACCUGGCGGUGACGCUGAGCGCGAUGGCCAACCCGGCGGCGUGCCUGGCGGGCGUGUGGCUGCGGCCGGUGUCGGCGCGCGCGCUGGCCGCCAUGUUGGUGUCCGCCUGCGUUCCCUUCGCGUAUCUUCUGGCCACGGCGCUGCUAAGUCCUGCGCCGCCGCUGCAGUAUAGCGCGGGCGGAGAAGUUCUCAUCGUGGUGUCGUGGGUGUUGUCGUCGGGUGUGAUCUCGUACGCGCGGAUGUGGGUGUACGGGUGGGCGCGGGGCGGGGGCGCGCGGGGGAUGCGCCUGUGCGGCGCGCUCGGGCAGCUCGGCUCCGUGCUCGGCUCGGCCAGCACGUACUUCAUCGUCAACUACACCGGACUCUUCGUGCAACCAGACGCCUGCCCUGCCAUCUCCUCGCUCACACAUCUAUAG